UGUGCUAUAAUUCAAUUCCAUAAAGUUGUAAAAUUUAGUCCACAAGCUUCCAUCUUUGUCAUUGUUGGGUCAUACACUCAUAUUCGCAGUUUCUUUCAGUAAGAAAGUCUGUUUUGUUUUGGGACACAAGACAAAGGCGAAGAGAAAUGGAGGUGGUUCAGAUUCAGAGAAAUUUGGUGGACUACACAAAGUCCUUGUUUAUGGAGGGUUUCUUGGAUGGUCAGUUCUUACAGCUGCAACAGCUUCAAGAUGAGAGCAACCCAGAUUUUGUUGCUGAAGUUGUCUCCCUUUUCUUUGAUGAUUCCCAGAAACUUCUCAAUGAACUCACCAUUGCUUUAGAUCAGCCAAUUGUGGACUUUAAAAAAGUUGAUGCACAUGUUCAUCAAUUGAAAGGUAGCAGUUCCAGCAUCGGUGCACAGAAGGUUAAAAAUGCUUGCAUUGCUUUCCGCAACUUCUGCGAGGUGCAGAACAUCGAAGGGUGCCUAACAUGUCUGCAACAAGUGAAGCUAGAGUAUUACCUUGCGAAGAACAAGUUCGAAACUUUGUUCAGGUUAGAGCAACAGAUUGUGGCGUCUGGUGGGUCGAUUCCGAUGAUUGAAAUGGGAUUCUGAAGACCAUCCAAUAU